AUGAGUGGCACAGGACGCGUCGUUUAUCUCGAGGACCUCGAUGCUUCCGACGCUGUCUUCAAAAAGACAGAGAAGCAGGACAGCCCCAAGGCGGAGGUCGGUUCUACCGACGCCGCUGUCACGGUGGCCACUAAAGUCACCAUCGGCGAAGCCAAGUCCUCCGCCCCAGCGACCUUGAAGCGACAGCUCACUCUCAUGGACAUGUUCUCCACUGCCUCGGCCACCGCGGGCCCCGCUUCAAAGAAGAUUAAACUCGCCAGCUCAAGCACCGCCUCUAGCGUCGGCUCCAUGUCCAACUCAAGCUCCGGCUCGGCCAAAUCCCUCAACUCCAUUCCGUUCUCACUGUCCGCGUACCAGGACACGCUGUCAGAUGAAGAAAAGACCCUUCUUUCUCUCGAAUGUGAGACACUGGGCAAGAGCUGGUUGAAGAUGCUCAAGGACGAGAUCAGAAAGCCCUACUUCCUCCAGCUUAAGCGAUUCCUUUCCGACGCGGGCGUCAAGGGCCCAAAUGACAGUGCCAAGUCAUUGAAAGUAUACCCCGCCCCGAGAAACAUCUAUUCCUGGUCCAACUUGACACCUCUGGGUCGCGUAAAGGUUGUCAUCAUUGGCCAAGAUCCCUAUCACGGCCCUGGUCAAGCGCACGGGCUCUGCUUCUCAGUUCCCCAGGGAGUCGGUAUACCUCCUUCUCUGCGAAACAUCUAUACAGAAAUCAGGUCCGAGUAUCCUGAGUUUGAGCCUCCCAAGCAUGGGAAUCUCACGGCGUGGGCGGAGAACGGUGUCCUUCUACUGAACACCUGCCUGACGGUCAAGGCCGGCGAGGCGGGGUCUCACUCCAAUAAGGGCUGGGAGGAAUUCACAGACCGAGUGGUCGACGUCGUAGACAGAUACGGCGGCGCUAAUCUCUCGUCUGGCACGGGCGGGCGCGGUCGAGGCAUCGUCUUUCUGGCCUGGGGGGCCUGGGCCGCGAAACGAGUAGCGAAGCUGGAUAAGAAGAGACACCUCAUUUUGAGCAGCGCGCACCCAUCGCCUUUGAGCGCCAGCAGAGGUUUCUUUGGCAACGGCCACUUCAAGAAAGCAAACAAAUGGCUCGAAGAAAAAUACGGGUCAGAGGGUCGCGUGGACUGGUGCAAACUAUGA